UAAUCCUGUUAAAAAAUUGUCAUUUUGUCAAAAUUUUUACCCAUUUUCCGAUGAUGAGGAAUAUUUUUAUACACUUGAUCUUAUUAUUCCACACGACAAUAUGUCGAGAACACGGAGCCGACACUGAACCACUGGUAUGUGAAGAUAACCAGUUCAAAUGUCUGAGACGAUGUGUCCCGGAAAGCUGGAAAUGUGAUGGAGACUAUGAUUGUAUCGACGAAGAUGACAAAUCAGACGAAGAAAAUUGUCCUUCCAAGACAUGUCCAGAAGAUGAAUUUACAUGUAGAUCUGGUCACUGUGUGCCAAUGAGGUGGACUUGUGACAAUGAAACAGAUUGUCUGGAUGGAUCUGAUGAAACUGACAUUUGCAGAAAUAAAACAUGUCAUAAAGACCAGUUUAGUUGUGGAAAUGGAGAGUGUAUCCCAGCUAGAUGGCGUUGUGAUGGUUCUCCAGACUGUUCUAAUGGUGAGGAUGAGACUUGUGAUUCCCCUACCUGUGUUAGCGAUGAAUUCAGAUGUGACAACUCUAAGUGUGUAAACAACAAAUGGAAGUGUGAUGGAGAUGAUGACUGCGGUGACAACAGCGAUGAAAAACUAUGUCAAAAUAAAACAUGUGCUAUAGACCAGUUUACUUGUGGAAAUGGAGCGUGUAUCCCAGCUAGCUGGCGUUGUGAUGGCUCCCCGGACUGUUCUGAUGGUGAAGAUGAGAUUUGUGCUUCCCCUACCUGUGCUAGCGAUGAAUUCAGAUGUGACAAUUCUAAGUGUGUAACAAACAAAUGGCGAUGUGAUCGGGAUAAUGACUGCGGCGAUAACAGUGAUGAAAAACAAUGUCCUAAUGUAACUGUAUGCACUGCUGCCCAGUUCCAAUGUUCAGAUAAGCAGUGCAUUGAUCUUUCCUGGAAAUGUGACGGUGAUGCUGAUUGUAAUGACCAGAGUGAUGAAAAAGACUGCACGCCAGUAAAAGUGAAUAGGUGUAAAGCAGAUAGAGAAUGGGAGUGCCACGAUCGUGAACAGUGCAUCCACGAGUCAUGGAAAUGUGACGGGGAUGUAGAUUGUGUGGAUGGAUCAGAUGAAUUAAAUUGUACAAUUACUUGUCGACCAGAUCAAUUCAAAUGCAAUAAAAGUGACUGUGUCUCUCAGUCCCUGAGAUGUAAUGGCGAUGUUGAAUGCAUGGAUGGAUCAGAUGAAGAUGGCUGUCCUACAUCAAAAGGUCCUUGUCCUAGUGAAAGUUUUGACUGCUACGGAAAUGGGUCCCAGUGCAUUGAGGCCCGUAAGCUCUGUGACAACACAACGGACUGUGUCAACGCCGCAGACGAGGAUAACAAACUCUGUGAAACAAUUCCAUGCAACUUGAAUAAUGGUGGCUGUAUGCACACAUGCAUCCCUAUUGGCACUCAACACCGGCGCUGCGAGUGUUUGGAUGGUUACCGAUUAGUGGGCAACACAUCCUGUGAAGAUGUGAACGAAUGUGACCAGUGGCCCCCAGUUUGCUCACAGAAAUGUGUUCAUGAGCCUAAAGGGUCAUACAGAUGUGAAUGCAUGCCAGGCUACAACCGUGAGCAACUCCCUGAUGGCCAGGAUAUUUGUAAAGUUAUUGGUGAGAGACCUUGGUUGUUGUUUGCCAACAGAAAUGACAUCAGAAAAUUGGAGGUAGAUACUCUGAUACAACAACCUGUUGUCAGUGACCUGCACAGUGCUAUUGCUGUUGAUUACGAUUAUUACAAGAAAGUAGUUUACUGGUCUGAUAAUGUGCAAGAGAGAAUAAUGAAGGCAAACAUAUCUGAAAAAGGGGAAACAAAUAGGACAAGCAUACCUGUAAUCAGCCGGGGUGUGAAAACUCCUGAUGGAAUCUCUGUGGACUGGAUCUAUCAUAAUCUGUAUUGGACUGAUACCGGAUAUAAUACCAUUGAAGUUGCCUCGGUUGAUGGAUCCAUUAGAAAGACUCUUGUAGAUAAAGACCUGGAUGAACCUAGAUCAAUUGUGCUUGAUCCAAAAAACGGGUGGAUGUAUUUCUCUGACUGGGGAUCAACUCCCAAAAUCGAGCGCAUAGGAAUGGAUGGAAAUCAUACCAGCAGAAGUGUUCUAGUGCAGACGGAAAUUGAAUGGCCAAACGGUUUAACUUUGGAUUAUGCUAAUGAAAGAUUAUAUUGGAUUGAUGCUAAACUGAAAAGCAUAUUCACAAUAAAACUAGAUGGUAAUGAUAUUCGAAGAAUUCUGCACAACGCCGAGCAAAUCGGCCAUCCAUUUUCAUUGACUGUUUUUGAGGAAAGUCUUUACUGGACAGACUGGGUAUCUGCAGCUAUACGAAAAGUUAACAAAUACACAGGACAGGGAUAUUCACAAUUGAUCGCUGGUUUGAAGGCUCCAAUGGACAUUAAAGUCUAUCAUCAGCAAAGGCAGGUGCGCAGUCCUAACAAAUGUGGAAAAAUGAAUGGUGGCUGCUCCCAUCUCUGCCUACCAACCCCAGUAUCACUGAAUUCAAAAGGGUACACAUGUGCAUGUCCAAAUAACAUGAUCCUUUCUGGAAAACAAUGUGAAAACAAUGUUCACUCUAGUGUCAGCUCAGAACCUCCAUUUGAAGUAACUACCAAUGUUUCGGAACACAUCACUAUCAGUCCUGAAAAACGAUCUGAAGUAACAUCCAAAGAUCCUAGUCACACUGCUGUCAACAUUGAAGACAGAGAUGAAACUACUAAUGUUCCAUCUCGCCUCACUGUCCACACAAACACUCAGUAUGAGGUAACUACAGGUAUUCCAGCUCAACCUACUGUCAAAAGCAAAACUGAGGAUGAAAUAACUACGAAAGCUCCUGAUCUCAACAGUUUCAGCGCUGAGACUCCAAAGGAAACAAAUGCCAAAGUUGCUAACAGCUCCAAAGAUCCGUUUGUAAAUUCAAGUGUUCCAGCAUACAUUCCUAUCAGCAAUGAAAGUUCGAAUGAUAUUGUUACUCCAAGAAAACCUACAAAUGUAACAGAGGUUGAAAAUUCAUCAGAGGAUCCAGUAGUAACAGUCGUGGUGAUUGCAGUUGUAGUAUUACUUAGCCUAGCUAUUUUGGUCAUAAUAGGAUUCUUCGUUUACAGGGAGUACGCAAAGAAUAAUAUAAUUCCAAAGCCAUAUCAGACAGAUGAAUUCUUUAAAAAAGCUGAUCAAUAUGUACCAAUGAGAGGAACUCGUGAUAAUGAGUCAAACUGUGUUGUUAGAACUAAUGAAACUGAUACCAACAGCAAGAAAACAAUUGAUGAACCAUAGUCUUCUUUGGGUUGAAAAUGAAAAAAAUGUUUCCAGCAAACUAACAAUUGUCAGACAGUGUGUAAUGUGAUGAAAAUUGCCACCUCUAUGAAGAUUAUUUGAGAAAAAUAGAAUCGAUAGUUUUCGUACCAUUUCCUGUAUUUAUGAAAAUGUAAAUGGUUGCUGAAACAAAGAACCUGUGAUGAAAAUAAAUCCUACCACCAUAAUACAGAC